GUAACUCUUUUUUUCUUUUUUCUACUCGUGUGGUGUUCAUAAAUGAAAGCAGGAUUUUUGAGUUUCAUCGUAGCUCUCUGUGCAAAUAUUGGCUUUACACAAGCAUUCUAUGGGCCAAAAGAUAAUGUGAAGAAUUUGACUCCCACAAAUUUCCGUUCAGAAGUGAUGAAUACAAAUCAUCUUGUAGCAGUAGAAUUUUAUGCUCCUUGGUGUGGCCAUUGUCAGCGUCUCGCACCCGAAUGGAAAAAAGCUGCCAAAAACUUGAAAGGCUUGGUAUCUGUAGCUGCUAUAAAUUGUGAUGAAGACGCAAACAAAGGACUUUGUAGCCAAUACGGCAUUCAAGGCUUUCCUACAAUUAAAGUAUUCAGUCCGGAGCUCAAAAAGGAUAGACGUACUGGGCAGAUUAGCAAAGUACCGACAGACUAUCAAGGUCCGCGAGAUGCUCGCUCUAUUGUUGAUCAUCUACUGUCUUAUCAACCUUCGCAAGUUUUGUUUGUCAAAUGGAACGAAAAAGACGUGAAAUCAAAGAAGGCUAUAACUUUGGAGAAAUUCUUUGAAACUAAGAACCAAACUCUUCCCAAAGUACUUUUGUUUACCGACAAACCCACCACUACACCACUGUACAAAGCGCUAUCUGUGGAUUUCAAAGAUCGAAUGCUUGUGGGAGAAGUGAAGCAUUCAGAAAAGAACAUCAUUGAUGAAUUUGAGGUGCAAUCAUUUCCAACAUUACUUGUCUUUUCUCCUGAGCAUGGGGCCAUCAAGUUCGAAGGCAAACUUAACCGUGAUAAUCUCAAAACAUUCAUGGAAAAAUACGCGUUAUCUGCGAAAGAUAAAAAAGACAACAGCAGUGAUGAAAGCAGUGGAUCAAAACAUAAUCAAUCUAAAAAGGAGUCCAAGAAAGUUACGGCCAUUAAUACCACCGAGCAAUUAAAGAAGCAUUGUCUUGAUAACAAGAAUUCAAAGGCAAUUUGUGUUAUUGCCCUAGUUAGCGAUGAUGAUAAAGAAGAUACACUAACCACCUUGAACAACUUGAAGGACAAAGUGGAAGAAGAAGACGGUGUAGAGCUGACCUAUGGCUGGAUUCAUGCAAGCCAAUCAAAAGGAAUCAAAGAGUCUUUGCAAUUAUCGGAAGACUACCCUUCUUUAUUCAUUCUACAUCCAAGUAAGCAAUUGUUUAGAAAUUAUAUCGGCUCAUGGAACGACGAUAACUUGUUAAAAUGGCUCAAUCAAGUCGCAUCAUGGAAACUUCAAGCUUGGCCUUAUAGCAGUGAUUUGAAACUGACGACUGCUAAUACAGAAAACAAUGGAGAGGCUGGUCAUGAUGAAUUAUAAGCUGAUGAGUACCUAAUGUAGAAUAGAUAUCAUUUCAUUAUUAGCCAAUAUUCGUAUAAAGAUUUGAAAUUAAGAAUCCUGUGUGUCGUCUAAAGGUUAGAGAAGAUAUUUUUUAUUAUACUGCAAAGUUUGACUCUUUUAUAUCACCAAGCAGUUAGAAAAUUAUUAAUUACAGUAAAGCAUUUGAAGCAUUUCUAUGCCCAAUGAGUUCAUCCCUACCAUAUCACAAUAGACAUAAGAUUACUGCAUUCACUUCUAUCAAAAUGAGAGUCGCUCAAACAUUAUGGUGAAGGAUGAAAUACAGUAUUCUAAACUUCUGUGGUUUUAUAAUCCAAAGGAGGAAGAUGGCGCAAAGUAUUUUAAUGGCUAAAACAACAACAUAGUAUCGGGUUGCUUCUAUGCGAAUAUAUCUUUUAUUUUUACUCAUGCACUACUUUCCACAUACGAAAGUUAAAAAGUGGG